ACUAUUCUCCCUCUCUCUCAAACCCAAAACCCACACUGUUCUCUAUUCUGCCACAAAUGGCUGUUACUUCCAGAGGCCGACCGGCUUUUACUCAUCUCCAAAUCCCCAACAAAUGGCGCGACUCUGAUACCAGCCCUGACCCGACCCACGAGCAACCCAAGCUCGCCAUCACUCCCAGUUCCACUUCUGCUGUCGACAGAAAAGUCCCUGUUGUGUACUAUCUCUCCAGAAACGGCCAGCUCGAGCACCCCCAUUUCAUGGAGGUCCCUCUCUCUUCUCCCCGCGGCCUCUUCCUCAGUGAUGUGAUUAACCGGCUCAACUUGCUGCGGGGCAAAGCCAUGGCCUCCAUGUACUCCUGGUCGGCAAAACGGGGAUAUAAGACGGGGUUUGUGUGGCACGACUUGUCGGAGAACGACUUCAUACACCCGUCGCACGGCAAUGAGUACGUAUUGAAAGGCUCGGAGAUUCUCGACCCGCCGGUGAACCCGAUGGCUAUGCAGUCGGCGUCAUCGAGGUCGCUCCGGCCGCCGCCGGAGGUGCAUGAUUCCGGCGUCGGUUACGACUCGCCGGUGAUGCUGCGCCGGCGGAACCAGUCGUGGAGCUCCAUUGAUCUUAACGAGUAUAAGGUCUACAAGACUGAGUCGGUCCGCGAGGCGGUGGCGGCGGACGCGUCGACGCAGACGGAGGACAAGCGGCACAGACGACGCGUCGUUCGUGAGGUGGAGGAAGAGAAAGAAGGUCAGAGUCAACAGGAGAUGAGUAACGGCAGUCAAAGCACGGAGCUGAGCAGAGACGACAUUUCACCUCCGCCGUCUGAUUCGAGCCCCGAGACUCUCGAGUCGCUGAUGAAAGCAGACGGACGGCUGGUGAUUCAGACGAACAGAGCGGCGGUGGUGGAGGAGAAUCGGAAUCAGAAUCCGACGCCGGAGAUUGUGCCGGGUGGCAAAAUGAAACCGUCGUCGGUUCUGAUGCAGUUGCUAUCCUGCGGUUCGAUUUCGUUCAGGGACUGCAGGUCCACGGCGGUGAGGGAUCAGCGGUUCUCGCUGAUUGGGCAGUCGCGGGCUAGGCUGCCGCGCGGAGCAGGGAGUCAAGCUGCGGCGGCGGAGAGGGCAAUUUCGAGUUUUUCAGGGGUGAAAUUAGAAGAGAAGGAGUAUUUUAGCGGGAGCUUGAUCGAGACCAAAAAAGAAGUCGUUCCAGCUCUCAAGAGGUCUUGUUCUUACAAUGCAGAUAGAAGCACCCAGAUUCAGCUGGAGGAAACAGAGAAGGAUGGGGUGAGAGCAAAAUGCAUACCCGGAAAGCCAAAGACCAUGUUGGCCAACAAGAAAGAAACCAGCUUCAUCAAUCAUGGUAAUAGUAAUGGGCAGGAAGGAGGGAGCAGAAGACUUGAAACUUAGGCAAUAUCAGUGAAAGUUGACUGCCAUUGUAAAUUGUAGUGUUUAGGCGAAGGAGAAGCAUAGGCAAAAUAUGCGGCAGCAAAAACGUUACCGCAAAGUUCAAGUCACGGCAGAAUCGGGCUCAGACAUUGAGGAAUAAAGGCAUGGGGUGCAGGAAUUUGAUGAAGGUAUGUGAGUUGAAGCUGUGCAGAUUGUCGAUUCUCAGUAUGGAAUUUUGGGGCAAAGGGUCCCUUGUGCCUUGGUGUUUGUGAGGAGUUGAAUAUGGUUUCCUUAAUUUCGGUGUUUUAGUUGCUAAGUCUAAGCCUCUCUGGACUUUGUCACUUUGGGAAGGUGGGAAAUGGAAUUAAAAGGGUCUUAAUUUCCUAGGUAAUGUCAUAUGCUUUGGAUUUGGCUAAAGCUUCAUAUACCAAAAUGCAUCGUUUUGAAGUACCCACGUGAGGCAAGGCGUUGAGAUUGGAGAGGCAAUGGUUCCUCCAAGAAAGUUAGGAAUUGUGAAAUUGCUGUGUUUCAUUUUAUAAUGCCCAGGAAUCAGCUUUUAGUGGAGGGUUAAAUGCAGGAAUGAUGUAGAAAAAUAGACUCUUACAGAACCUGUUGGACAGAAAUGUAGGUUGUAGUGGUAUUUAACUAUUUGUUAGUCUUACCGGUAGUCCAGUACUACUUGAUCUUACAUGGGGCAAGUGUGUGCAUAGUAUGUAUCAACUUUAUCGUAAACUUGUAAAAUGAGUUAUUAAAAUACAUGUAUAAUGUUAUUUGUGUUCCGGGAGAAUUACUAUUCUACCCUUAUGUGUGUCUUAGCCUAAUAGGUUUCCUGUUAGGAGAUAGAUUAGCAUCUCCGUAAUAGAUUAGGACUCCGAAUCCUACGAG